AUGGCAUAUCGUUAUCCAGACAAAUAUGACAGCCCACGUGCAGUGGCUAAAAACAGCGUACAACGACUGUUCCAUCGCGUUGUAAGGUCUGGACGUCUCGUAGAACACUGCCCCGUACAACUGGACCCAAAUGCAAACGGUGCUGACUACCAGAGUCCCAGCGUAGACGACCGGCUGUGUCAAGGAAAAACAAAAAUAUAA